UUCUCCCACACCCAGCGCCGCCGCCGCCGUCGUAUUAACUUGCCAGUUCUACCGCUUUUACCAUAUCCGUUUCGCUUCCCUUUUGUAUCUAUAUCUUGCAAGAUUCCUUUCCCUCCUAAAUUUCGUUUCGGCGCUGCUAAAUUGAAGGCAUUUCAACCGUAUUUAGGGUAUCUGAUCCCCGCUGUUUCCUCUUUACGCCGUGCAGAUUGGCCACUUAGUUCGCCUUCCUGUGGUGGCUCAACCCGCAGAGCGCGGCAUGGACGCUCAGCUGGCGGUGCAGAUUGUGGAGUUCAAAAGCAAGGUGAUGGAGGAAGAACUGAAGAGGCUGGGCCUCAAGGUCAAUCACCAUGAGGAGAACAUCAGGUUCCUCAAGUCCAAUAUCAAUGCCGUCGAAGAGGCGUGCGUCGACCUGGGAAUUAAACUUGGGAAUUAUCAUUCGUCAGUGGCUGCCGUUGCAAAUAACGAUACUUCUGCUCAAGAGGCUGAACAGCGUACUAUUCGAAGUGUACUCAAUCUGGACAAGACAGCAGCUGGGAUUAUAUGCCAGCUGAAGGUCCGUCAUUAUCAGCUAGCGUCAAAGAUGCCACUGAUGAAAGAUAUUCUUGGUUUUGUGGCUACCUUGGGAAAAGUAAAUGAUGAUAACCUCAGCAGGCUACUCUCGGAGUACUUGGGAAUGGAUAAUAUGCUUGCUCUUGUUUGCAAGACCUAUGAUGGUGUUAAGGGUCUUGAAAAAUAUGAUAAGGAUGGUGUCAUUGAUAAGAGCAGUGGCGUUCAUGGACUGGGUCGCUCAGUUGGAAAAUGUCUGGAUGGAAGAUUCACUGUCUUUUGUCUUGAAAACAUUAGGCCAUUUUCUGGUGAUGUUAACAUUGAUGAUCCGCAGAGAAAGCUUGUUUUGCAUAGACCAAGGUUGCCUGGAGGGAAGUCUCCUCCUGGUUUUCUGGAUUUUGCAGUAAAUAUGAUUCAUUUGGACCGGGAACACUUGAGUUGCCUCACAGCCAGUGGUCAUGGUCUUAGGGAAACUUUGUUUUACAGUCUGUUUUCUCAUUUACAAGUUUAUAAGACAAGAACUGACAUACAACGUGCUCUUCCUUUGAUAAAUGAUGGUGCUGUUUCUCUAGAUGGUGGUAUAUUGAGGUCCAAUGGCUCAUUCUGCCUUGGCAAUAGCAAAAAUCUCGAAGUAAAAUUUCCUGUAAGCCUUGAGGUUUCAAGUCUACCUGAAGCUAUCAUUGAAAUGGAAGAGCAAGUUAAACUUAAGAAUUGGGAGAAGGAAAGGUUUCUUGAGGAUAUGAAAAGAGAAGAAGAUUUGCUGAAGCAAGUUAAGGAAUUAUACAGCAAGCAGAAGCAAGAGCUCAUGGAUUAUCUCACUCAACCAGCAGUGACACAGACGGUGCGUGGUUCACCAACAAUUCGUUCACCAGCAACUCCAGGAAGUAAUCCAUUUGGAGCCAAGCCCUCCCACAUGCGCUGACAUUAGAUUUGUUGGGAAUUCUGCAUGUUCUGGCUUCCUGCCUGCAGAACCAACCAACUGCUUUUGUGCAACAAUCUUGGUGUUAGUUUCUGCAGAAUGACAGGAAGUGAGACUAGGUGAAAGUACAUGAUUGCCAUCUGGCGUCGAAGUUGGGGGGUCUGGUUCAUGGCUGUUUGCAAUAGAUGACUUACGCUGCCGUUUAUCUUUGUGCUUGCUCUUUGUAUCUUCUCAUAAGUCAAAGGGAAGAGGAUAGAAGAUGUCCUAUCUAACCAAAUUGAGAUUGAAGGAA